GCGGCGGACGGAAGGUGGACGCUGGAAUGUUAGGCCUGUGGUUGCCAUAGCGACGGAGAGGUUGGGCGGGCCGAUUCAGCCCUGGGGACUCGACGAGGUGCUCAGAAGAACAGUAGAGGUAGAAGUUUUCAUCAAACAAAUGGAUCAUGUUCCAGAACUUUGCUGACAUGGACAACUCUGCAGAGAAAGACAAACGUACCAGCAAACUUCCCAGACGUGCCAACAAAGUACAGAAAGGUUUUACUGCUGCAUAUCCAACACAGUCCUCCAUUCCUUUUAAAUCCCAAGUUUCAGCAGUUCCAGAAUCAGAAAAAAAAGGAUUCAAUAGUCAAGCCAAGAGAUUUUAUCAUAAGGAGGAUGAUCUCCCAGGUCCUGGUUUCUACAAUGUCAUUCACCAGUCUCCAGUGUCCAACAGUGUCUCAUUGUCCAAGAAAGGAACGUGCACUUUCCCCUCUAUGCGCGCCCGAUUGGAUACCAGCAUUUCUAAAUAUCCUGCAGCUAAUGCAUACACUAUCCCAUCAGACUUUAUUUCGAAGAAAGACUUCAGUAAUUCCUGUUCCAGCAUGUUCCAGUUGCCAAGCUUCGCAAAAAUUCUCAAGUCUGAAACUCCUGCACCAAACUAUUACAAUGCCUCUAUCUCUUGCUGCAAGCAGAGAAACAAUGUCUGUGCCCGAGCUGGAUUUAUGUCAAAAACCCAAAGAGGAUUUUUCACUGUUACUGAAAAAGGACCUGCCCCAGGGCAUUAUAAUAUCGAUGAUUCCCUUGUGAAGCAGUCACCAAAAAUAUUGAUGUCUUGUUUUAAAUCAAAAACCAACCGUGGAUUAAAAUUGACGUCAACAGGCCCAGGACCUGGUUAUUACAAUCCAAAUGAUUGCACCAAAGUUGAAAAAAAGACUCUUAUUCCGAAAAAUCCCAUCCUGAACUUCUCUGCCCAGCCAUUGUCUCUGCCCCCAAAGCCGCCUCUCCCGGGCCCUGGGCAGUAUGAGAUCGUGGACUACGAGGGCCCCCCCAAGCACUUCAUCUCCAGUGCGUCGUUUGUGUCCAACACCAGCCGGUGGACAGUGGCGCCAUCCCAGGCAGGCCUGCCUGGCCCAGCCUCGUACAAGCCAGCGUUCCCAGGAAAGCAGUCCUUCCUCUACAACGAGGACAACAAGUGGAUCCCAGUGUUGUAG